GGGUGUGUGACUGCUGUGUGCACCGCUUUGACCACCACUGUGUGUGGGUGAACAACUGCAUCGGGGCCUGGAACGCCAGGUACUUCCUCAUCUACCUCGCGACGCUGGCGGCCUCCGCGGCCUCCGUGGCCGCCGUGAGCACGACGUUCCUGAUCCACUUGGUGGCACUGUCGGACCUGCACCAGGAGACAUACGUGGACGACCGUGGACACCUGCAGGCCGUGGGCGUGUUCUUUCUGGUUCAGGCGUCCUGUGUGGAUUCCCCGUGUUUUUGGUGGUUGAUGAACAUGUGGGUGUUUCCUCUUUCUGGCUGUCUUCGCAGGAUGCUGCGAACAUUCACGUGCAAGUCCCUGUUCCUGGCCUUCCCGAAGAUCGUCCUGCUGCUGGGGUUCGUGGUGGUUUUGAGCAUCCUCCUGGGCGGCUACCUGUGCUUUGUGCUGUACCUGGCUGUCACCAACCAGACCACCUUCGAGUGGUUCCGAUGGGACUGGGCGCGGCGCCAACGCUGCCCCCUUGUGGCCCAGCCCCGAGUCUACCGCAACAUUCACCGCCAUGGGCUGGGCAGCAACCUCCGGGAGAUAUUUCUGCCGGUCGUCCCCGACUGUGAGGGAAAGAAGAAAUAGGAACGCGAAGAGUAUGGCUGCCUUUUAAAUAUAUUGUACUUUUAUUUAUGCAUGUGGAUACUAA